GCCUCCAGCUGACAGCCCGGAAAGGGCUCGCCUCCUCCGGUCCCUUCCUGGAAAGCGAGCGAUCCAGGAGGCGCGAUCCCGAUGUGGCUGCCCCGGAGAUGCCCUGCCCGAGCGGCCGCCGCCGCCGCCGCCCUCCCGCACCUGGCGAGCCUUCCUGGGCGGAGGGGCUUCUGCGUCCGCGCCGCCCAGCGCCAGGGGCUCCUUUUCCGCCAGCUCUUUGAAUCAGAAAGUUUCACGUACACCUACCUGCUGGCAGAUAUGAAAACCAAGGAAGCCAUCCUGAUCGAUCCAGUUCUGGAAACAGCCAAGAGAGAUUCAACGCUGGUGAAACAGCUGGGUCUCAAUGUGCUCUACGCAGCCAACACUCACUGUCAUGCUGAUCACAUCACUGGCACGGGGCUUCUGAAGAAUCUGCUCCCAGGCUGUCGGAGUGUCAUUUCCAAAGACAGUGGUGCGUCUGCUGAUAUCCAUAUCCAGGAAGGCAGUGCCCUCAAAUUUGGAGCUUUUGCCCUGGAAGCUCGCGCCACCCCUGGGCACACGGACGGCUGCCUGACCUACGUGCUGAAUGACCAAAGCAUGGCCUUUACGGGGGAUGCGUUGCUGAUACGGGGCUGCGGAAGGACAGAUUUCCAGCAAGGUUCCCCUGAGACGCUUUAUCAGUCGGUCCAUGAGAAGAUCUUCACACUCCCUGGUCACUGCCUGGUUUACCCUGCCCAUGACUAUACUGGCCAAACUGUGUCCACCGUGGAGGAAGAGCGGACCCUGAAUCCUCGCCUCACGUUGCCCAAGGAGGCCUUCGUGGAACUGAUGGACAACCUGAAUCUGCCCAAGCCCAAACAGAUCGAUUUUGCUGUGCCAGCUAACCUGAAGUGUGGCGUCCAAGAUGUAUCUGCUUAGCCGGCACCUGCUUUUCCUGCGUCUGCUUCCCAGCAGGAUCGCCUCGGACCGGAGUUCUAAAGGGAUUCCCCCUGCCCUGGGACUGCUUUAUGGUCCUGAAGCAAGGGCUGUCCCGAUUCACGUAUUGUGGAAGUUAGAAGCAGGGAAGGCGCCGUGGAAGGAAGGAGCUGGAUGUCAUAGCACAUUUCAAUCCCUGGCUAACCCACCCCUUCCAAGCGCCCUCUGGUACCUAAAUGAAGAAGCUUCAAGUUCUGCCUUUAAUUUUGCUUGCUCUUUGACCCUGUUUCCUGUUAACCCUUUUUUGCACUGGCCUGACAUUUCUUAUCCUGUCGAGAUUCCUCUGUUGGGCCACGGCGUUUCAUUCCAUUCGUGGACCAGAAAGAUAAAGACACUGAUGCUGUGAAUGUCUGCAACUCAGGACUCGGUGGGUGGGUGCGUGGGUUGUCCCCCCCACCACCACCGCAGAACCUCUUGCUGUUGAUGAAAUAAAAAUUUAU